UUCCCUAACCCUAGCCACAGAACACAUUUCCCUCGCCUAUAAAUGCCACGCAAAGGACCACCAGAUCUUCACACCAAGCGGAGACACUCCCUCAUCACAUAAACUGGUUAAGCAACUGAAUCCAACCAUGAAGGCAGCAUUUGCGCUCUUCCUUGUCCUCGUGCUGAUUGUGGCAGUUCUACAAGCCGAUGCAAAGCCCAUGAAUCUCCAGGGGCGUCGGCUCGCCGAUGCGAGCAUGGGCCGCAAAGCUUUUGCUAGCAGUAGCGAUGCUACCGUUUCUUCUACUUCCGCCGCUGCUACUACUUCAAGCAAGAUCACCGAUUCCAUGAGCACUACUAGUACUUCUACUCCAACCACUGCUACCACUACAGGCAACACCAACGCUCAAACCGAGCCCCAGCGGGAGAAGAAUGAUGGAUACAACAGCUACUCAAGUGCUCCGGCCAACUCCAGCGGCGAUGGUUCUCACCGUGUGAUCAUGGGCCCCUAAACUGCCCUGUUGGGAGGUGGGGAUGGUCAGUCUAAAUCUAAACUAUAAAUAUAGUGAUUAAUGAAUAAAUUGGGGAACCUCUUGUUCAAAGCAUGAAUCUUACGCAUGGCACAAGUUGAUUUCCACCAGAAAUGCAACAUAUAUGUCAUGAUCAUAGCUGGCCCUUAGGCCAUACCUGCUGUGUGGUUUGUGUACUACAAGAUAUGGAAAUAAAGAGACCUGGCCGUAGCUAGGUUUUAUGUGGUUA